AUGCGCCGCCGCGCAGAUAUCUGGGCAAAGGCAUAUGGACCUGCCAGCGCAACGGCACCCACCCUGUAUCCCAUCAUCGGAUUUGCCAAUACCGCAGGCAACAACCCAGUGCUCCGCUACUAUUUGCCGGACGGCACCUGGGCCAACAUUACCUCAUCUAUUAAUUAUGACAGCUGGUACACCUUCCGCAUGGAAAUCAAGGAUACCAUCGUUAAGUAUUAUGGAUAUAAUUUCGCGGAUCCUGCCUUACCGGCAGCUGAGCAGGAUUUUGUGCAUACAGAUUAUGAUAUCUAUUGGGACAAUAUUGGUGGCAUCACCAAUAUCCAUAAUGUUACUGUUGAUAGCUGGCACACUUCCGUACAGCAGGCAGGUUAUGAUGCAGCGUGCAACUGGUUUGGAAGUGCUACCGCGCCAACCGUGGUAGCCGCUGCUGUUAGCGAACCGGGUUAUACCGCACAGGUACCAUCGCAGUUUGGUGGCAGCAAUCCUGGCGGUGCCAAUGAUAUCACCGGCCUGGAAGCCUAUCGUAUAGCACCUGCUUCGUUUGCCAAUGCAGGCACCGAAACCGGCAAUGCUUAUACCGCUUCCGGUUGUACCAAUAUUACCUUCCCGGUAAUGAACAUCACCCGCAACAAAGGCUACUAUAAUAUACAGCCAGCCAUCAGUGAUGCAGGAACCCUGAGCGGUGAUACCAUCACGGUAGCAGCCGGUACUUACCAGGAAGAGCUGAUCGUUAAUAAACCAUUGACCUUAUUAGGUCCUAAUGCCGGCAUCAAUCCUAAUACAGGAACACGCGUACCGGAAGCCGUUAUUGUACCGGUUACUCCGGGCGGCAUUGCAGCCUUGCGGAUCGUGGACGUAAAAGCUUCCAAUAUCACUAUUGACGGCUUUACUGUUGAUGGCGACAACCCUGCUGUUACAAGUGGUUUCCAGGGAACGAACGGUGCGGACAUCGAUGCUUAUGAAGGGAUCGCUGCUUAUACCGACAACGUAAACAAUCUGAAGGCGGCUAUUGAUGCGGCAAGUCCCGGCGAUAGCUUAACGGCUGCUGCCUGGGAAUAUCAUGAGGAUGUGAAUAUCCAUAAAGCAGGACUUCGCUUAGUGGGUGCUGGCGCCGAUGUUACCUUGAUCAAAGGUUUGUAUGCAGGCUCUGGUCAUACAGUAGCCAUCACGCAAAAUAAUGUGUGGGUAGAAGGCUUUACCGUGACCAGGGAUUUUGGUACGGAUACUGCUUCCUGGUUUGCCUCUACUAAAGGACAAGGUAUUGGCCUGGGCAAUAAUGUGAGUGGUACUACCAUCAACAAAAUGAUCCUGAAAGGAAACCGUAAUGGCUUUUAUGGACAGAACGCGCCUAACACAACCAUUACCAAUUCACUGAUCGAAGAUAACCGUACCGGUAUCCACUUUGGCCGUGAUGUAAGCGGCUCUGUGAUUAAGAAUAAUAUCAUCCGUAACAACUUUACGCAUGGUAUCCUGUUCAAUGCAGAUUUCGGUGCAGAAGUAGUGGUGACCAAUAUGCAGAUAGCCGAGAAUGCUAUUUAUGGCAACUGGUAUUCCGCCCAGCCAACGGUAACCGCAGCUAACCCCGGCGAACCCGGAUAUACCGUACAGGUGCCAUCACAGUUUGGCGGUACCAAUCCGGGCGGUGCUAUUGAUGUUACAGGUCUUGGCGCUACGCUGAUCGCACCCGUUUCUUAUGCGGUAACAGCAUCCUGCGGUAAAACAAAUUUAUCCCGCACAGGUGUGAUCAAUGCGCUGCAGGUGGCUAAUGCAACUCAAUACGAGUUCCGCAUUGCAACGCUGACCAAUACGUUGAUUAAGACGAUCACCAGCGCUACCAACACCAUUGCCUUGAAUGAUACGGUAUUUGUACCGGGUGCAUCGUUUCAUGUAACGGUAAGAAGCAUGGCUGGUGGCGUAUAUGGCAACUAUGGUGCUAUUUGUACCAUAGGCAUCGCUAAUCCACAUACGGCUAUUGACGCGGCAUUCUGUGGCCAGGCCAAUAUCUUUGGUGUGGAUUCCGUAUCCGCUGUACCGGUAGCCAAUGCUACUGCCUACGAGUUCAGGAUUUUAUCAUUGGCGGGAUCGGUUAUCACAACCGUAGUUAGUGCAGAUAAUCACCUGGCCCUUUCACCGUCUGUAUUUGUACCGGGCACGCCGCGUAGGGUUAGUGUACGCGUAGCCAUCGCCGGUGUCUAUGGUUCUUAUGGAGAUAGUUGUGUGGUUGGAUUGGCAAAAACAACAACCAGCCUCGACCUGGUUUCCUGUGGCAGGCAGAAUUACCUGAUCACCGAUCAGAUAACAGUAGCCACCUUACCGGUUGCUGAUGAUUAUCAGCUGAGCUUUUACAAUGCUGCCACAAAUGCCUUUGUAUCCACCAUCGCAUCAGCUCCUUCCGGCAGUGUUGCAGUGAGUAGUGUAUCCGGCCUGGUAAAAGGUACUACCGAUAAUCAACCACUGAACCUGAAAGUAAAUAAUCUGAACGCCGGGUUUAUAUCCCGUCCAACGGAUGAGAAUACCGCCCUCGGGGUAGAAGCAGGUUCCGGAUUUAUGGUUACAGAUGGCAAUCCGUCUUCAGCCGCCGCCAAUACAGCCAUUGGCUACCGCGCAUUACGUGAUAAUGCUUCCGGUACGGAAAACGUAGCCGUAGGCCGGGGAUCAUUAACGGUAAACCUGCACAACUGGAAUACGGCAGUGGGUACCUGGUCAUUGAACACCAAUAAAAAUGGGGAUGGCAAUACCGCUGUUGGCGCCAAUGCAUUGACCUACCUGGAAGAUGAUUUUGCCGGUCCGACCCUGGGAGGCAAUUAUAACACAGCCAUCGGUUAUAACAGCUUACAGAAUAUUACGGCGGGCAGCAAUAACACAGCGCUCGGUGCUUAUGCCGAUGCCGCCGAUAAUGUAUCCAAUACCACUGCCAUCGGCGCUAAUGCUUAUGUGUCUAUUGACGAUGCGGUUGUACUGGGCGCAGCGGGUGUUAAAGUGGGUAUCGGUACCUCCGCGCCACGUGCAGAGCUGGACGUGCCUGGUACAGGCGCCAUCAUUGUUCCGGUUGGAGAUGACAGCAGCCGUCCGGCAACGCCCGUACAGGGCAUGAUCCGUUUCAAUACCAGCACCGGGCAUUUUGAAGGUUAUACCGGUACUGUAUGGGCACAGGUUGCAGCCUCCACGGAAAGCCUCGCUGGUAUUGGCAUUGCCGGAGAUUAUACUACUUCCUCCGAAUCGGUUUACAUAGGGCCGGGUGAUUAUGUGAUCAACGGGAACUGGAAUAUUUAUGCUAAAAAUGUCUGGAUCAGUCCGGAUGCCAAUAUAUCCGGUACCGGCACCAUCAGCUUUUAUAAUCCUGUUGAUGCCGGCGGAACAGCGGGUGCUACGCUGAUCGAUGGGAAUAACAGGCUGCAAGCCUUAGAUAUAAACCUGGUGAUCCAAAAUAAUAGUGGAGCAGCAUUGACGCAGAUCGUAAAGGAUGGUACACUGACCGGCUGGGCCGAUAAUACCGCAGCCUCGUCGCUUUAUAUUGGUAAAGACCUCAACCUGGCAGUAAGCGGUGCACAUGUGGCACUGGGCAGCGCCGCCGGUGAUCUUACUUUUGAUAGUGACGCUACCAUCUCCGGUUAUGCCGCAGACCGUUUUGUGGUGACUAACAACAGUGUGGAAAGCCACCUGGUGAAGGAGUCUUAUACUGGAACGUUUGUAUUUCCGGUAGGCAUUGCUCCCGGCGACUAUACACCGGCAACUAUUGAUAAUACAGCCGCUAAUGCGUUCUCUGUGUCUGUUCAGGAUUAUGCGGCCAGUGCUUCGCUGGAAGGCAAUACCGAAAAUGGUAUCGGGCGUACCUGGAAUAUCUUUGCCGCCAACGCCAGUGGUAAUAGUGUGCUUACCCUGCAACAUAAUACCGGCAGCGAGCAGGUUCAGUUUAACCGGAACAGCAAUUUUAUUACGCAAUAUGGCCCGGUAGCUCCUAAUAUGACAGGUGAUGGCGCCACCAAUACUUCGUACUCUUACUGGCAGUCUAACCAGGUGCCGGUAGGCGCUAAGGUGGGUAUAACGCGUAUGCGCAUCCGUGGUGGCGACCGUGCUGUUAUACGCCCGGCAAUGGCCUGUAAUGCGACGGGCUCUGCGUUUGGCGAGGCAGAAGAUUACCUGGUCAAUGUCCGUUAUCCGCUUUGCUCCGGACCUGUGAAUGCCGGUACCGCCAAUGUAACUGAUACCGCGACUUGCAGGGGUUAUACGGUAGACUUAUCGGACACGACGCAUGAAAAACAGCUUUCGCUCAUCUCCUGGUUAUGGGAGCAAAGUACGGAUGGCGGCUUGUCAUGGACUGAUGUGCCUAAUAGCGCUAAUAAGGAUACCCUGAAUAAAGUGCCUGUCUCAAACAAUACCAGCUUCCGCCUGAAAAUGAUUUGUUAUAAUACCGGAGAUGCCAGCUACUCUAACCCGGUACAGGUACGAAUCAACAAGCCUUAUGAAUGUUACUGCUACAGCCAGUCGGAUGGCGGAAAGACCGACUCUUCUGAUAUUGGUGCUGUGGUUAUCGGGACGAUGGUCAACUCUUCCGGUGGGCCGCAUAUCAGCAACCCCGAUGCCAUCCGGAGAAGAACAAGUUAUACCAAGAUCCCCAAUAUUGUACUAAGUGCCAAUGGGCGGUAUCGCUUAUCUGUUUAUCAUACAAUGCCUGUAGCCAACCAUAGCGAUGCACGUGUCAGUGUAUUUAUCGACUAUAAUAAUAACCUGACACCGGAUCGGCCAGGACACGAAAGCGUCUGCGGCUAUUCCCGCUAA